AAGAUGAAGCUCGGAGAUUUUAUAUAUCUGAGGGCCCAUAUCAAGUUAUAUUAGAUGAGUACCCAUUGAAUGAUGCAUCUCAUGCUCGUCGGUUCCAGAGCAAUUGGUUUAAACAAUUUAGUUGGCUAGAGUAUUCACCUCAUACAGAUCGUGCUUAUUGUCUCCCAUGUUUUCUUUUUUCAAAGAAACCAAUUGGAAAGUAUGGAUUAGAUACAUUCACAGUCAAGGGGUUUAACAAUUGGAAAAAGGUUAAUGAAGGAAAGGAAUGUGCUUUUCUAAAACAUAUGGGAAAUUCUGGUUCUGCCCAUAACUAUUCUGUUGGAUGUUUCAAUAAUCUGAAAAACAGUAUGACUCAUAUUGACAAGGUGAUGGUUAAAGAAAAUGAGAAAUUAGUUGCAGAAGCAAGACUAAGGCUUACGACUACCAUCAAUUCCAUUAGGUGGCUAACAUUUCAAGGUUGUCCAUUUAGAGGCCAUGAUGAAUCUCAGAAUUCAUUAAAUCAAGGUAAUUUUCUUGAAAUGGUCAAGCUUUUGGCUUCAUAUAACAAGGAGGUGAAAGGAGUUGUGUUACAAAAUGCUCAAAAAAUGCCAAAUACACUUCAUCUGAUGUCCAGAAGGAAAUUCUAAGCACUGUUGCACGGAAAGUGCAAAAAUUAAUAAGAGAAGAAAUUGGCACUAGCAAGUUUUGCAUCAUGGUUGAUGAAGCUCGAGAUGAAUCUAAAAAGGAGCAAAUGGCAAUAGUCAUCCGUUUUGUCAACAAAGAAGGACUUAUCAAGGAACGUUUUCUUGACCUCGUUCAUGUGAAGGAUACUACUGCAUUGACUCUUAAGAACUCAAUUUGUGCUGUCUUAACUGCUAAUACCUUGAGUAUAGAAGACAUCAGAGGCCAAGGUUAUGAUGGUGCAAGUAAUAUGAGAGGGGAGUGGAAUGGAUUGAAGGCUCUAAUUCUAAACGAGUGUCCAUAUGCAUAUUACAUUCAUUGCAUGGCUCAUCAACUGCAAUUGGCUCUAGUGGCAGCAUCAAGGGAAGUGCAACAGGUACACAACUUCUUUCAGCAUGCAACUUUUAUCAUAAAUGUUGUUAGUUCAUCUACUAAGCGCAAUGAUGAGUUACUAGCUGCGCAAGCUGAAGAAAUAGCUCGUGAAAUUGAAUUGGGAGAGCUUGACACUGGACAAGGUGCAAAUCAGAUGAGCUCUCUACAGAGGCCAGGGGACACUAGAUGAGUUCCCAUUACAAGUCAAUUCAAAGCUUAAAGAAGAUGUUUAGCGCCACAAUUUCAGUCCUAUGUAGUAUUGCAAAUGAUCGUUCAGUUUUAAAGUAUUCUCGUGGUGAUGCUGCAGGUGCACUACAAAUUAUUGUCAAAUUUGAUUUUGUGUUUAUUUUGCUCAUGAUGGAAAAGAUUAUGAAGAUUACCGAUGUGCUAUGUCAAACACUCCAAAAGAAGUCAAUUGAUAUUUUAAAUGCACUAGAUUCAGUUUCCAAUACUAAAGUCUUACUUGGUAACUUGCGAAACGAUGGUUGGGAUCCUGUUCUUCAGGAGGUUAAUUACUUUUGUGAAAAGAAUGACAUCGAUAUUUUGGAUCUGAAUCACAAGUUUGUUGAUGUGACCAAAUCUCGAAAUAAGAAUGAUAACACCACCGUUUUUCAUCAUUAUAAAUUUGAUGUGUUUAAUGUUGCAAUUGAUCAACAACUGAAUGAGAUAGAAGAUCGAUUUGGUGGCCAAGCGACAGACCUUUUAUCACUUUGUGCUUUCUUGAAUCCAAUACUUGGCUCUUUUAACAUAGAAAAGGUAUGCUCUCUAGUGGAAAAGUAUUAUCCUACUGAUUUCUCAAAUCAAGAAAGAAUGCAAUUAGAGUGCCAAUUGCCACAUUUUCAACUUGAUGUUUGCAACCAUCCAGAACUAAAGGGUUUAUCAUCUUUGGCUGAUUUAACAAGUGGAUUAGUUAAGCUGGGUAAAGAUUCUUCUUAUCCGAUGGUAGAUAAAUUAUUGAGAUUACUUUUAACUCUCCCUGUGUCAACUGCGACCACAGAGAGAGCCUUUUCAGCUAUGAAAUUUGUGAAGACACGUCUUCGAAGCAAAAUGGGAGAUGCCUAUUUAUGGGAUUAUCUGGUCGUUUAUAUUGAAAGGGAAUUAGCGGCAAUGAUUAGUUCUGAUGAUAUUAUCAAGGCCUAUGAUCUAGCUAGUACACGUAGAGCUAAAUUCAAAAUAACUAAAAUGUAA